UGGCCAAACACAAUUAGACAUAUAGCUAGCGAGUAGCGAGCCUUAUAAGAGUAUAGAAACACGUCCUAAAAUAGAGAUAGCUAACAGUGAAGGCGCCAAAAGAUACACGAGCUCGCAAAGCCUACGCUCCACCAAGUAGCAGUAGAUCGACGACAUCCAAUGUCCGGCAUGCCGUGGUUCCCAGCCGUGCCUCCGGCGCUGGCGGCCGCCGACGGGGGACGGAUCAAGAAGCGUGCGGGGCUCCCGAAGCUGCUGCGCAAGCUCUUCGUCAAGGUGCUCCGCCUCAGGCCCGCGUCGUCGGCUGAUGAGCCGGGAGCGGCGUUCGAGGCGUACUACGGCUACAGGAUGGGCUCCGACGAGGAGUACCGCUACUACUACAGCUACGGCGGCUGGGGGUCGUCGUGGGCCGGCGUGCUGUCCUCUAUCCCGGAGGAGGAGGACAGCUCCGAGGAGGGCACGCCGGACCACGGCCCCGGCCCCGCCGUGCUCCGUAAAGCCCAGUCGGAGAGGUUCGUCGUCGGCGCACCCGACGCCGACACAGUCGUGCACGUCGAGGUCCUCCUGUAGCGCCUUCGCAGCUGAGCUUGUAGGCUCAUUUCACCUGCGUCCUCUGCCUUCGUGUACGUCGUUGUAAAGGGCGCCCAUAUGAGGGCACCUUAGGGCACCUUGGCCGUCCGAUCCCGAUCCAACGCCGGGAUUCUAACUAGACGGAGCCAGUGCGCUUGCGAUUCCUCACAAGACACCUGGAACUCUCCGGAAAGAAAUUUUAUAAGACCCGAUCUCAAAAAAGAUU